CCAGAAUGAAAAGGAAUUUAAGUUUUGUCUUUUCUUGCUCAAACUGCCAUGAAGUAUGUGUUCCUGCAAGAAAGUGUUAGUUGUUUUUUUUCCUCACUGUAAACAGCAUAUGCCUUCUAUGUCUUGAGACCAUGCUGUUAAGAUUCUUGCCAUGUCUGCUUUUACUCAAGUGUGCAUGUGCCCUUGGCAAGUAGUCUUAAAUUAGUCGAGUCAUGAUCAUAAUUAUUUCAGCAGCUUCAGUAUCUGUUUAUUGUCCAGUAAGAAUGUACUAAGGAAGAAAUUAAAAAUUGAUCUAUAAUUAGAGGAAACCCUAAAUAAGGGAUUUAUUUUCUGAAGUCUAUGAGGAGUUACUUUAAGAUAUCACUCAUGCUGCUGAAAGGGAAUUGAGUUUCCUUCUGGACUCCUUUGGUCUUCCUCCAGGACACUGAAAGUGCUGCAGAGAUUCCCAAACUGACUCAUUAGUAGUUUAUUUUGGGCUGGCUGGUCUGAUCUGUUUCUCUGGACUUAUUCUAGUGUGUUUAUAGAACAGGCAUUGCAAUCGAGUUAAAUGCUUAGCUUGUUCCUUUCUUUUCAGUGGGAAAAGCACCCUUACUACAACCUAACAGUGAAAGUCCUCCGAGCCAGAAACAUCAAGGGUACAGAUCUGUUGUCCAAGGCAGACUGCUAUGUGGAACUAAAGCUGCCCACUGCAUCUCCCAUAGUCUCCCGAACUCAGGUUGUUGACAACUCUGAUAACCCAGAAUGGAAUGAAACUUUCCGAUAUCGAAUCCAUAGUGCUGUCAAGAACAUUCUGGAAUUGACACUCUAUGAUAAGGAUGUCCUUGUCAGUGAUGAGCUCACAUCUAUUGUCUUCGAUGUAGGGGGCAUGAAGCCGGGUCGACCCCUGCUGCGCACUUUCAGGUUGAACCCUGAGGCUAAUGAAGAGCUGGAUGUAGAGUUUUACUUGGAGAAAUGCUCAGAUGUCCCUACAGAGGUAUUGACCAAUGGAGUCCUUGUGGUUCGUCCUUGCUUGUCUCUGCAAGGCACUGUUAACAAAGAGGAAAACACAAAAGAGAAACAGCAAGGGUGCUGUGCAGUUAAGUUGUCUGUCCCAGGGGCAUAUCAAAAGCAGUUGAGUAUUCCUUGGACACCAGAUAAUGAGAAGCAUUAUGGAACCUCAUUUGUUUUUCAUGUGGAUAAAGAAAUGUGUCCAGAACUGCAAGUGCAGCUGGAGCAAACCAUAUCUGUUCUACAGGAUGGCGUGAACCCUGAUGUUGAAAAACAUACUACAGUUCUGGGAUUGGGAACUGUACCAGUUAAUUCCCUUCCUAUUGGAGAAAAAGUUGAUAGAAUCAUUUCUUUGGGAGAGGGACAAAGUUUGGGUAUGAGUUUGAAAACUGAAGAGAGUACUUGGGAUCUUGAUAUACGUCUGGGUUUCGACCUCUGUAAAGACGAGAGAGAAUUUUUGGACAAAAGGAAGAAAGUAGUUUCUGAGGCACUGAGAAAGAGUCUUCACUUAAAAGAAUCCCCUCCAAAAGAUGAGGUUCCAGUCAUAGCAGUACUGGGGUCUGGAGGUGGGAUGAGAGCACUGACGUCGUUCUAUGGCAGUCUUGCUGGGCUCCAGCAGCUGGGCCUUUUGGAUGCUGCAAUAUAUCUGUGUGGGAUUUCUGGCUCUACUUGGUGUUUAUCGACACUGUAUCAAGACCCUGACUGGUCACAGAAAGACCUUCAAGAUGCAAUCAGAAGAGCUCAGGGUGCUGUGUCCAGCAGCAAAGCAGGGGCAUUUUCCCCAGAACGACUGAAAUACUAUUUCCAGGAACUGAAUGCAAUGGAGAAUAGUGGACGGAAAGUUUCCUUUACAGAUUUGUGGGGCCUUAUUGUGGAAUUUUUCCUACAACAGAAGGAAGACCCAUCAAAGCUGUCUGAUCAGCAAGAAGCAGUGAAAUGGGCCCAGAACCCUUACCCUAUCUAUGCAGCUGUCAAUGUGAGACCCAAUAUGAGCAGUGGUGACUUUGCAGAAUGGUGUGAGUUCACUCCCUAUGAAGUUGGAUUUCGCAAAUAUGGAGCCUUUGUCAGAACAGAGGACUUUGACAGUGAGUUCUUCAUGGGACGACUUGUCCAGAAACAUCCAGAGCCCAGGAUUUGUUUUCUACAAGGAAUGUGGGGCAGUGCUUUUGCGGCAAGCUUGGAUGACAUCUGCCUGAAGGUGGUUGGUAUAGGACUGAGCUUUCUAGAUUCUUUCAAAGAUGUUAUCAAAGUUGUAGAUGACUGCCGAAGAUUCCAUUUCCGAGACCCAGCACGACUGAAGACUCGCUUGGUUAUACCUGGGGGCCCCUUGCUACAAAUUUUUCAGGAUUUCUUCAAGUCCCGGGUCACAUGUGGAGAAACCUUCAACUUCAUGAAGGGAUUAUAUCUUCAUAAAGAUUAUGUUAACAUCAAGAAAUUUGUGACUUGGAGAGGUACUCAUCUGGAUGCAUUUCCCAACCAGCUGACCCCCAUGGAAGAGAGCUUGUAUUUAGUGGAUGGUGGCUUUUCUAUCAACUCUCCCUUUCCUUUGGUACUUCAGCCAGAGAGGGAUGUGGAUGUUAUCUUGUCAUUCAAUUUUUCCUGGGAAGCUCCAUUUGAGGUUUUAGAACUGACUCAGAAAUAUUGUGAGGAGCGUGACAUUCCUUUUCCAAAAAUCAAAUUUAGUGAGGAAGAUGAAAAGAAACCAAAGGAGUGUUACAUGUUUGUGGAUGAUAACAAUCCAAAGGCUCCAAUUGUAGUCCAUUUCCCAUUAGUGAAUGACACCUUCCAGAAAUACAAGGCUCCAGGAGUUGAACGUGAGUCAGAAGAAGAGAAAUCCUUUGGUGACUUCAUCAUUGAGUCAAAGGAUUCUCCUUACCGUACACUAAAUUUCACCUUUGAGCCAUAUGAUUUCAACAGGUUAGUGGAAGUGAAUUGCUACAAUGUUCUGAACAGCAAGGACACUCUCUUCAAAACCCUGAACUUGGCUCUGCAAAGGAGGAAGUUGAAGAAGGUCAUCAAUAAAUCCAAUACAUGAGCAGCUUCCAGAGCUGAGGAUACAGAGAGGCUACAGUGUACAAAAGCCAUGAGGUUCAAGACCGAAUAUUGAAAACUAAUAGCUGGAAAUUAUCUUCUUGGCAAGGGAGUAGUACACGUGACACUGAAAAUUCAUUCCAGAUGAUGUACUCUGAUGAAAACUCAAGGGACGUACCGUACAACAUGGAUGUUGCUUCCUUGUGUGGGGAAGAGUAAGGAAUCAUCUAGCCCAGUAUCUCAAUUUACAGUGGCUGAUGCCAGAUGAUUAGGGAGGUCUAUUCAAACAGUUCCAGCAUCUGGAGAAUAAUCUUCCAAACUCCACUAAGCAAUGCACCUCUUUUUGUCAAAGGUGUGUUAGUGUUUGGGGAAACACUGAUUUCUUCUGUACUUCUAUCUCUCUUGCUUUUUGAAUCUCCCUUCAUGAACUUUUACAAUUUACAUCAUCUUGCAAGUAAUUCCACAGAUACACACACACUGAGAGAGAUGUGUCCUUUUGCUUUCAACUUGUUACUGGCUGAUGCCUGCAUACUUUCAAGACUGAACAGUGAUUACUUGCUUUCUAUUUUUGCCAUUCAGGAUUUCAAAGAUCUUUGUGAUAUUUCCUUCCUAACCAUCUCAGGGAUUUUAAUGACUUUUAGUCUACCAGAACUUCAACACUGAGUACCUUAUUUUCAUAAACAAUUUGGUUUUGAGGAAAUAAAUAUUCACUUUUUUAUGUUUAACAAUUAAAAACACAUCGUGGGAUUGUGUUACUUCUUCCUACAGUUUGAUCAUCAUGAGAUGAUGAAAGUGUGAUGAAAGUACCAUAAGUCUCAUCUUUCUCUUUGUGUAUAAGAGGAAGGAAGGCUCCUUUGAAGGGUUUGAAUUAGAUAUUUUCUGCCUUACACUUCAGUGUGCGAUUCAACCGGACCUUUGUUGGAGGAAUUUGUAUGUCUAUAUAUAUCAGAAACAUCAAUAGUCAAGGUAGGCACACCUUACAAAUGUGAACGAAUGUGCUGCAGUGCUGUGGGAUGGAAUUCACCUCACUUUGCAUAAAGCUCAGAGAAAAGGACUGAAUUAUGCAGUUGGAAAAUAUGUAAUAUAAAAAUAUGUAACACAAACCAAUGACAAACAAGCAUUGUUUACUUUUGUGGCUUUUACACUGAGUUGAAUGUACUGAUUCUGUAUUUGAAAACUGGAGACAGGAAAUUUGUCUUAUGAAAGAAUGUAAAGGCUUAUAGAUGAGGAUGAUUCUUGAUACAUUUUUUAAUGUGUUUCUCUUUUAAUAAAUAUUAGUUUUUCUCA